AUGGAGGACAAGGAAGAACUGAGGAAAUUGCUGAGAAGCAUUAUAAAAAAGAAUACCGAUCCAAGAGCAAGGACACAGAGUGAAUAUCUGACCGAUGAGGAUAAGGUAGUGAAGAAACACGAGAGGGGCUCUGUAAAAACGAGGGCAUGUAAAGAUUGCACCUGUGGUUUAAAAGAAAAGCAAGAGAUUAAGAUAAGAUCCGCCUGUGGGAAUUGUCACAAAGGGGAUGCAUUCAGAUGUAGCGGAUGCCCUUCUCUUGGAUUGCCUCCAUACGAGGCAGGGGAGGUUGUUUCCUUUUCUGCAGAUCUAAAUGAUGGAUUUCAAGACCAAGAUGAAUAG